CCUACAGAAUUUCAUGAUAGACCAAACUAUAGACCCGAAGAUUAUUAUUCAUAGCCUAGCAAAAGAUUGAAGGAUAUUCCACAGCUCCAGGCUACUGUGACAGUCACCAGUCACCAAUUCGUAUUCUCGCCCCGUCGCGGCAUCAUCACGGUGGAUUCUGCCACCUUCGCUGAGCGACACAUACAUCUCCCGAGGGUAUCUAGCUCUGCAUGGUCUCCCAUGAAUUCGGUAUACAGGCGGGGAGUUGGACAAAAAACACGACAAAAUGUUAAAUGCCAACAAAUUCCCCCGACUCAAGGACCAGUGCUCAAGGCCUUGACCCAUCGUACAUUCUUAAUUUGACUAUACAAUCUACAUCGCCUGUCGUAAGUACUAGGACUACAAGAUGACGGGCCUUGACAUGGAAUCCAUCUUCGCGAAAAUUAAAGAGGAGUAUGCCAGAACAGACGAUGUGGGCAAACGGCAGAUUCAGGGCCAUAUCCGGGAGCUUCAGGUCGGCUUUUACUCAGACUGGGAUGUGGUCAUGCGAUUGAGCAGUGGGCCCCUACAAGUCGCUCUCGCCAAGGUCGCUAUUGAUCUCGGAAUCUUCCGCAGCCUCAAGGAGAGCGACACGCCGAUAACGCUGGCGGAGUUUGUAAAGAAGACAGGAGCUUCUCCUAGACUGCUUGGUCGCAUCCUACGGACCCAGGCCGCUUUUGGUCUGAUCAAGGAGACAGGUCCCCAAGAGUAUACCUCGAGUGCAUUUACAGAUGUGUUCGCAAACCCGGAUGCCGCAGGUGCGGUGGUACAACUAUUCGACAUCUCGGGGCCUUGCACCCAAAUAUUGCCCGACUUCCUGGCCGAGAGAGAUUACCAAGAUAUCACCUCUAACAAAGACUGCGUCUUCCAAAAGGCCUUCGGCAGUGACCUAACCCUGUUCGAAUGGAUGCCACAGCACCCGAAGCACAUGGAAUCACUGGGUCAUUUAAUGGCUCUGCAGCGUCCCGCUUCCUGGGUCGACCACUUCCCUGUUCUCGAGGAGCUGGGCGAUUUCCCGGACCCCGACAAGGUAUUAAUGGUUGAUAUCGGUGGAGGCUUUGGCCAACAAUCCAAGGCCCUGCGCGCCAAAUUUCCGAACCUUCCUGGUCGCGUUAUCGUGCAGGAUAUUCCUCAAACUCUGGCCAACGCGCAGCCAGUGGCAGGGGUCGAGUUCAUGGAGCACAACUUCUUCGAGCCACAGCCUAUUCAGAAUGCCAAGUUCUACUAUUUGCGUCACGUCUUCCAUGAUUGGCCAGAUGAACAAUGCGUCCUCAUCUUGAAGCAGAUUAUCCAAGCGAUGGGGCCGGAGUCACAGAUUUUGAUUGAUGAGAUGGUCAUCCCUGGUACCGGGGUGCCUUGGCAAGCGGCAUUUACAGAUCUGCUCAUGAUGAACUCGCUCGGCGGAGUGGAACGCACACGCGCUGAAUGGGACGAUCUGAUGGAGCAGGCGGGCCUGGAAAUCAUCCAGUCCAAGGUUUACGAUACUAAAGAGCAGGCCAUCUUGGUUGCUGUACCUAAAAGGACCUGAGGGUUUCCCCUGACCCGCCCAAUGGGUAAAUACAUUUCAUUGGGCUUUCAUACUUUUCAUAACGUAACGCUAGUAUUGUAAACAUC